GAGGAGCCAAAGAAGCAGCGGUACCGGCAGAAAAUAUCCGAGUACAUGAGCAGAGCUGAAGACAUUAAAAGGCACAUCGAGAAGGAGAAGGAAGACGGCAAGUACCACAAGCAGAUCAGGAUAGAGGAAAACGCAACAGGGUUCGGCUACGAGAAGCUUUUCCAGGAGUACCUGACUGAAGUCCUUUCCGAAGUUUGGGUGGAGGACCCGUACAUCAGGCAGGUCCAUCAGUUGUACAACUUCCUGCGGUUCUGCGAGAUGCUAAUUAAGGGGCCGUGCAAAGUGAAAACAAUCCACCUCCUCACUGCCUGCGAUGAAGGUAGUGGGAGGAGUCAGCAGAUAAGCGGCUUGGAAGAAAUACAACAAUCAUUGAGGAAUUAUGGAGUAACACUGAAUAUUGCAUUUUCAUCUUCCAUACAUGAUCGAGAAAUUAGAUUCAACAAUGGAUGGAUGAUUAAGAUCGGAAGGGGUCUUGACUAUUUUAAGAAACCACAGGGUCGUUUCAGCAUUGGAUACUGUGACUUUGACUUGCGACCUUGUCAUGAAACAACAGUGGAUGUCUUUCAUACUAAACAUACAAAGAAAAUGUGAUCAGAGCUGACUGCUUUUAAUGAGUGUUUUUAUAAGCAUAAAAAUCUAAGACUGGAAGAUGCUGCUUGAGUACAGCUGACCACCCUCAGAAGCAACUCUUCUAAGUACUUAGUCCAGCAAAGUUUUUAUAAUCUAUAGGUUUAAGAAUAUU